CUUCACGGUUUCAGUUGCGGACUGAACUUGCGGACAUAAGGUUGCGUUCCAGUUGAGAAGUUGUGGAAAUCAGUGGAAAAGUUAGCGGCUCAAUUCCGCGUGUGAUCGAAACUGUGGCUGCCCUGCGCCCGAUGCAACAUUGCUGGCCAUCCAAGUGCUCGCUGUGUGGCCCGUGUGAGCGAUAAGACAGUUUGUGCGAAGGACUGCGAGAGCGAGAGAGAGUAGUAGAGUGUGUUUCAUUGUGCAAACGCCGCCGAGGAAAAAAUGGCUAACGAAAUGGCUGAUCGGAAUGAUCCGGAUCUCAAGUGUUUGACCGUGGAGCGGAGUCAAUUCAACGAUCCCGCCACCCAGGCCGAGUGGACACAGAAGCGCCUCGUCUGGGUGCCCCACGAGUCACAGGGAUUCGUUGCGGCCAGCAUCAAGGGAGAGAACAAUGACGAGGUGGAGGUGGAGAUUGCGGACACGGGCAAGAGGAUUAUGGUACUUCGCGAUGACAUCCAGAAGAUGAAUCCGCCUAAAUUCGACAAAGUCGAGGACAUGGCCGAACUCACUUGUCUCAAUGAAGCAUCUGUGCUGCACAACAUCAAGGAUAGAUACUACUCUGGAUUGAUAUAUACAUAUUCGGGUCUCUUCUGUGUGGUGGUGAAUCCGUACAAGAAAUGUCCAAUCUACACGGAAAAGAUCAUGGAACGGUACAAGGGAAUAAAGCGCCACGAAGUGCCUCCGCAUGUGUUUGCCAUCACAGACACUGCCUACAGAUCCAUGUUACAAGAUCGCGAGGAUCAGUCAAUUCUGUGCACGGGAGAAUCGGGUGCUGGAAAGACGGAGAACACGAAGAAAGUCAUUCAGUAUUUGGCUUAUGUGGCCGCGUCGAAGCCCAAAGGCUCGGGACCGAGUCCAGCUCUGAUUAUUAAUCACACAACAACAUUUGCGGGAGAAUUGGAGCAACAAUUGCUGCAAGCCAAUCCGAUUCUUGAGGCCUUCGGAAAUGCCAAGACCGUAAAGAAUGACAAUUCAUCGCGUUUUGGAAAGUUUAUUCGUAUCAACUUUGAUGCGUCUGGUUACAUAUCUGGAGCCAACAUCGAGACCUACUUGCUGGAGAAGUCACGGGCGAUUCGACAGGCAAAGGAUGAGCGAACAUUCCAUAUUUUCUACCAAUUGCUGGCCGGCGCGUCGCCUGAUCAGCGUGAGAAGUUCAUUUUGGAUGAUAUCAAGACAUAUCCUUUUCUGUCGAAUGGCAGUCUCCCUGUGCCGGGAGUCGAUGACGCCACGGAGUUUCAGGCCACUGUCAAGAGCAUGAACAUCAUGGGAAUGACUCAGGAUGACUUCAAUUCCAUCUUUCGCAUUGUGAGCGCUGUGCUGCUGUUCGGAUGCAUGAAGUUCAAACAGGAGCGCAGCUCUGAUCAAGCCACUCUGCCUGACAACACGGUGGCGCAGAAGAUCGCCCAUCUGCUCGGUCUAAACGUCACUGACAUGACGCGCGCCUUCCUUACGCCGCGCAUCAAAGUGGGGCGCGACUUCGUGACGAAGGCUCAGACGAAGGAGCAGGUGGAGUUCGCCGUGGAGGCCAUCUCGAAGGCGUGCUACGAGAAGAUGUUCAAGUGGCUCGUGACCAGGAUCAAUCGCUCGCUGGACAGAACCAAGCGCCAGGGUGCAUCAUUCAUCGGCAUCCUCGAUAUGGCGGGCUUUGAGAUCUUCGAGCUGAACUCCUUUGAGCAGCUGUGCAUCAACUACACGAAUGAAAAGCUGCAGCAGCUCUUCAACCACACCAUGUUCAUUCUUGAGCAGGAAGAGUACCAGCGAGAGGGUAUUGAAUGGAAAUUUAUCGAUUUUGGUCUGGAUUUGCAGCCGACGAUUGAUUUGAUCGAUAAACCGGGUGGCAUUAUGGCUCUGCUGGAUGAGGAGUGCUGGUUCCCCAAAGCCACUGACAAGACUUUCGUGGACAAACUGGCGUCCGCGCAUUCGAUGCAUCCGAAAUUCGUAAAGACAGACUUCAGGGGUGCUGCAGACUUCUCUAUUGUUCACUAUGCUGGUCGCGUGGACUAUCUUGCCAGCAAGUGGCUGAUGAAGAACAUGGAUCCACUGAAUGAGAACAUUGUGAGCCUGCUGCAGGCGUCGCAGGAUCCAUUUGUUGUGCAGAUCUGGAAGGAUGCCGAAAUUGUGGGAAUGGCCCAACAAGCGCUCACGGAUACGACUUUCGGUGCGAGGACACGCAAGGGAAUGUUCAGGACGGUGUCGCAUCUGUACAAGGAGCAGCUGGCGAAGCUGAUGGACACGCUUAAGAACACCAAUCCCAACUUUGUGCGCUGCAUCAUACCGAAUCACGAGAAGAAGGCCAGCAAAAUCGACGCUCCGCUCGUGCUGGAUCAGCUCAGGUGCAAUGGUGUCCUCGAGGGAAUUCGCAUCUGUCGCCAGGGCUUCCCCAAUCGCAUUCCAUUCCAGGAGUUCAGGCAGAGAUACGAAUUGCUGACGCCGAACGUGAUUCCCAAGGGCUUCAUGGAUGGCAAGAAGGCGUGCGAACGCAUGAUCCAAGCUCUCGAGUUGGACUUCAAUCUGUAUCGCGUGGGACAGUCAAAGAUCUUCUUCCGUGCUGGCGUGUUGGCCCACUUGGAGGAGGAGCGCGACUACAAGAUCACGGACUUGAUUGUGAACUUCCAGGCAUUCUGUCGGGGCUACCUCGCCAGGCGUAACUACCAGAAGCGUCUGCAGCAAUUGAAUGCCAUCAGGAUAAUCCAGCGCAACUGUGCAGCUUAUCUGAAGCUGAGAAACUGGCAGUGGUGGCGUCUCUACACGAAGGUGAAGCCUCUGCUGGAGGUGACGAAGCAAGAGGAGAAGCUGGUGCAGAAGGAGGAUGAGCUGAAGCAGGUGCGCGAAAAGUUGGAAGUGCUGUCGAAGAGUGCUCAGGAUUAUGAGCGUAAAUUCCAAUUGGCCGUUGAGGAGAAGACGCAGCUGGCUGAGCAAUUGCAGGCGGAGAUUGAGUUGUGUGCCGAGGCGGAGGAGAGCAGGAUGCGCUUGUCGGCCAGGAAGCAGGAGCUCGAGGAGAUGAUGCAAGAUCUAGAGGCGCGUAUUGAGGAGGAGGAAGAGCGUGUGAAUUCUCUGGCGACGGAGAAGAAGAAGCUCCAGCUCAAUAUUCAGGAUCUUGAGGAGCAAUUGGAGGAGGAAGAAGCCGCCAGGCAGAAGCUGCAGCUGGAGAAAGUGCAACUCGAUGGGAAGAUCAAGAAGUUCGAGGAAGAUGUGGCGCUGACUGAAGAUCAGAACCAGAAAUUGCUCAAAGAGAAGAAGAUGCUCGAGGAGCGUGCAAAUGAUUUGUCACAGACACUCGCCGAGGAGGAGGAAAAAGCCAAGCAUUUGGCCAAGUUGAAGGCGAAGCACGAGGCGACAAUUGUCGAACUGGAAGAGCGUCUGCUCAAGGAUCACCAGCAGCGCCAGGAGUCUGACCGUACAAAACGCAAGAUCGAGACGGAAGUGGCGGAUUUGAAAGAGCAGCUGAACGAGCGUCGUGUGCAGAUUGAGGAGUUCCAGCAGCAGUUGGCGAAGCGUGAAGAGGAACUCACGCAGGCGCUCAUGAAGAUCGAUGAGGAGGGCGCCACGAAGGCUGGCGCACAAAAGGCCCAACGUGAAUUGGAGUCCCAACUGGCGGAGAUUCAGGAGGAUCUGGACGCCGAGAAGAUGGCUCGUGCCAAGGCUGAGAAGAUUCGGCGCGAUCUGAGUGAGGAACUCGAGGCACUGAAGAACGAAUUGUUGGAUUCACUCGACACGACUGCAGCCCAGCAAGAACUUCGUUCGAAGCGUGAGCAAGAAUUGGCGACGCUGAAGAAGAAUCUUGAGGAGGAAACUGCGACUCAUGAGUCGCACAUGGCUGACAUGCGCCACAAACAUUCCCAGGAGCUCUCCACUCUCAAUGAGCAGAUGGAGAAUCUGAGAAAGGCCAAGGCGACGCUCGAGAAAUCCAAGCAGAGUCUCGAGGCACAGAAUGUGGACUUGUCCACUGAACUCAACAAUGUAAAUUCUUCUCGUCAGGAAAAUGAUCGUCGCCGGAAACAAGCAGAAUCGCAGAUUGCUGAGCUUCAGGUGAAACUGGCCGAAGUGGAGCGCGCUCGAUCUGAACUGCAAGAGAAGACAGUGAAGCUGCAGCAGGAGGUUGAGAACAUCUCUCAACAGCUUGAGGAUGCUGAACUGAAGGCAUCGGCAGCUUUGAAGUCCGCCAGUCACAUGGAAGCGCAGUAUUCGGAGGUGCAAGCCUCCCUUGAGGAAGAGACUCGCACGAAGUUGGCACUCCAGUCGAAGUUGCGCCAGUUGGAGUCCGAGAAGGAGACGCUGCAGGAGCAAUUAGAGGAGGACGAGGAGGCCAGAAUCAAUUAUGAGAAGAAGAUUGCUGAGAUGACGGCUCAGAUGCAAGAGAUGAAGAAGAAAGCGGAAGAAGAUGUCGAUGCUGCCAAGGAACUGGAGGAGGCAAAGAAGAAAAUGAAUAAGGACAUCGAGGCACUGCAGCAUCAGAUUCAGGAACUCCAAGCGGCCAAUGAUCGUCUGGACAAGAGCAAGAAGAAAGUGCAGUCAGAGCUGGAAGAUGCCACCAUUGAGUUGGGAGCACAGCGAACGAAGGUCCUGGAGUUGGAGAAGAAGCAGAAGAACUUCGACAAAAUUCUGGCUGAGGAGAAGGCGGUGAGUGAAAAGUACACGCAAGAACUGGAUACUGCUGAGCGAGAGGCGCGCGAGAAGGAGACAAAGGUUCUCUCACUCACUCGUGAACUGGACGCGGCGUAUGAGAAGAUUGAGGACCUCGAGGGGAAGCGCAAGGCCCUCCAGAAUGAACUGGAUGAGUUGGCGAACUCUCAGGGCACAGCGGAUAAGAAUGUGCAUGAGCUGGAGAAGGCGAAGCGUGCUUUGGAGAGCCAAUUGGCGGAAUUGAAGGCACAAAAUGAAGAGCUGGAGGAUGAUCUGCAACUCACAGAGGAUGCAAAGCUGCGCCUGGAAGUGAAUAUGCAGGCCAUGCGAGCGCAAUUUGAGCGUGAUAUUCAGGCCAAGGAGGAGCAAUCCGAGGAGAAGCGUCGCGGUUUGGUGAAGGCUCUGCGUGACAUUGAAACGGAGUUGGAUGAAGAGAGGAAACAGCGCGCUGCAGCUGUGGCGGCCAAGAAGAAGUUGGAAGGUGACCUAAAGGACAUGGAGGCCACACUGGAGAUGAACAAUAAAGUGAAGGAGGACGCCCUGAAGCAUGCCAAGAAGUUGCAAGCACAGUUUAAGGAGUCGCUGCGUGACGCCGAAGAGGCGAAGGCUGCUCGCGAGGAGGCCGCUGCUGCCAGCAAGGAAGCAGAACGCAAAGCUAAAGUUCUAGAGGCGGAAGUGGUCCAGCUGACAGAAGAUGUUGCCAGUGCCGAACGUGCCAGGCGUGCUGCUGAGGCGGAACGCGAUGAGUUGCAAGAGGAAGUGAGCAGCAACAGUAGUAAAGGUUCAUUGAUGGUGGACGAGAAGAGACGAUUGGAGGCGAGAAUUACAGCUCUUGAGGAGGAAUUGGAGGAAGAGCAAUCCAAUAACGAAUUGCUGUUGGAUAGGAAUCGCAAGGGUCAACUCACAAUGGAGCAACUGGCGACAGAAUUGGCCACUGAGAAGUCCAAUUCGCAGAAGCUGGAGAAUGCCAAGGCGCUUCUUGAUCGUCAAAAUAAGGAGUUGAAGGCAAAAUUGGCUGAGAUUGAAACAUCUCAGCGCACAAAGAUCAAGGCGACAAUUGCUGGUCUUGAGAAUAAGAUUGCCAAUCUGGAGGAACAGCUCGAGAAUGAGGCGAAGGAGCGCCUGCUGCAACAGAAGGCCAAUAGGAAGUUGGACAAGAAGAUCAAGGAGUUCACGAUGAACAUUGACGAUGAACGUCGUCAGGCAGAUCAGUACAAGGAACAAAUUGAGAAGCUGAACAAUCGCAUGAAGAUCUUGAAGCGCAAUUUGGAUGAAGCGGAAGAGGAGAUCCAGAAGGAGAAGACACAGAAGAGAAAAGCACAACGCGAGUAUGAGGACAUGCUGGAGAGUCACGAAGCUCUGACGCGAGAGAAUAAUUCUCUGAAGACGAAAAUGAGACGCAGCGUCGGAGGAAUGGGAAUAAGCUCCUCUCGAUUGGGCAAGCGUGAUUUUGAUGACUCCACGAAUACCAUCAAGGAUGAGUCCAUAGAUGGAGAAGAGACGGCCAAUUGACGAAGAAGACGAUAAUUUGUUUCCUUUUUUCCUCUCGACAACAGUAAGAGAAGAACAAUUCACGCUGAUUUCCACCCUCAACAGAUUUGGACAUUGCAAUUUGAGAAUUUUCAGUAUAAUUUGUAAAAUUGAACUUGAAGAGAAGAAAAAUUAAUUGGAGAUGAAAUUGUGGUUAUAUUUUGGAAUCCACAAAGUCCAUUGGGUGACUUUCUCAACAAAAAAAGGGAGCAAAACAAUAUGAGGAGCAAUGAAUUCAGGAAGGAAAUAGCAAAAGAAACGCAUUAGUAUCUCAAAGUCUUCCCAUUUUUUCAAGUGAAUAUCUUAACGCUCAUACGAAUUGCAUACAUAUUUUCAGUCCGUUUCUACGAUUUUUUUUCGCAUUUUGCAUUUUGCGCCUCAAAGCUAAAUAGAUGAAAUAAUAAUUAAGAUGUUUUUUAAUGUAAUUGUUAAUUAAUAUUGAUAGAUUAAUAUGUGCCAUUUGCAUUUUCUUGUAAUUCUCGCGAUACGACGGAGAAGAUAUGGACAAUUUCUUCACACUCGUUAACGUUUAUUAUCCCUGAGAGAGAGAGAGAGAGAAAGAGAGAGAAUGCGAACGAUUGUGCAUGAAGAGGAGUGUGAAAAGAAUAUGUGAAGUUUAUAGAAGGAGAAAAAAUAGAGCAAAAUGGUUGAGAAAGUCAUUAAGGAGAAGAAAGGAAAUUCUUGCUUGAUAAACUUGUCAAAUACUGCAAAAGGGCAAAAAUUAUAAAGAAGAUUUUAUCUAUUAUUAAAAUCGUUGUACUUACGAAAGCAUAAAGAGAGAAAAGAAUUUGAGAUCAAAAAUUGGUUUGUCCAUUCCCGAUAGAAAGAUUUCUGCAUUUGUUCUCUAAAAACCAAUUUUAUUAAUAUUAUUAAUUAUUAUUUAAAAUCUUUAUCUUCAUUUUAUAUUCCUUUUAGGGCAUGAAAAUUUGUUCUAUUGCUUGAAUACUUGUAAGAUGAAAAGGAGAAAAAUCAGCAAAUCGUUAAGUAUUAAUAAUUUUUAAUAAAAGGAAAGGGUAUUUUGUUGAAAAACGCAGGGAUUUGCUUGCAAAUGUAAAGUCUCGAGAAAAUCUAUGGAAUUUUUGCAUAGAACAUAAAGAUUUUGUCAUUAUCCUGAUUUUUUCUUAUGUAUUAAUGUAUCUUAGAUUUUUUGUCGAAGGGAAAAUAUUAAAUAUAAUAUUAAUUAGAUAAAGAACGUCGAGAUUUCAAUCCAUCGAGGAAACAUAAUCAAAAAAAGAACAGAGAGAAAAUGGCUUAAGGAUCAAUAUAUAUUUGAACAUGCAUGAGGAAAUCAAAGUUUCGCAGUCGCGCUGUAGAGGUGUUUAAGAUGAUUUUCUAAUUGAUACCAUUUUUAUAUCGUCAGAAGAAAAAGAAAUAAUCAACGUAGUUUGUAAGGUAUAAAAAAAGGAACGAUAAAAGGUAAUUUUUUAUAUGAGAUAAAAAUUUCGCUUCUUUGAAGGGUCUAAUAAGUUUCACAAUUUUAACGUCUUAGCCACAAUAGGAUUUACUUUAAAUUGAUUAUUAUAUAGUUUAUAAUGCUGGAACUUAUAUUAACACGGUUUCUGUUCAUAAAUGAAUCAUGUAAUAUUUAUAAUAUAAAUUUUUUAAAAACCACAACAAA